GUAAUCAAAACGUUACAAGAAAUGGCUGAUGGUGAGGACAUUCAACCACUUGUCUGUGAUAAUGGAACAGGGAUGGUUAAGGCUGGAUUUGCUGGGGAUGAUGCUCCGAGGGCAGUGUUUCCUAGCAUUGUUGGUCGACCACGUCAUACUGGUGUGAUGGUUGGAAUGGGACAAAAAGAUGCAUAUGUAGGGGACGAGGCUCAAUCUAAGCGUGGCAUUUUAACUUUAAAGUACCCAAUUGAGCAUGGCAUUGUCAACAAUUGGGAUGACAUGGAGAAAAUUUGGCAUCAUACUUUUUACAAUGAACUUCGUGUCGCUCCAGAGGAGCAUCCGAUUCUCCUCACUGAAGCUCCUCUCAACCCAAAGGCCAACCGUGAGAAGAUGACCCAAAUCAUGUUUGAAACCUUCAAUGCUCCUGCUAUGUAUGUUGCCAUUCAGGCUGUUCUUUCCCUUUAUGCUAGUGGUCGUACAACCGGUAUUGUGCUUGAUUCUGGAGAUGGUGUCAGCCACACAGUCCCUAUUUACGAGGGAUAUGCACUUCCCCAUGCAAUCUUGCGUCUUGAUCUUGCUGGUCGUGACCUCACCGAUGCCUUAAUGAAGAUUUUAACUGAACGUGGUUAUUCAUUCACCACAUCAGCGGAGCGGGAAAUUGUGAGAGACAUAAAAGAAAAGUUGGCAUACAUUGCCCUCGAUUUUGAGCAAGAGCUAGAAACCGCCAAGACCAGCUCUUCAGUUGAGAAGAGCUAUGAACUGCCUGAUGGGCAAGUGAUCACCAUCGGGGCCGAGCGAUUCCGAUGCCCAGAAGUCCUUUUCCAACCAUCUAUGAUUGGGAUGGAAGCUGCUGGUAUCCAUGAGACAACUUACAACUCCAUAAUGAAGUGUGAUGUUGAUAUUAGAAAGGAUUUAUAUGGCAACAUUGUGCUUAGUGGUGGUACCACCAUGUUCGCCGGUAUAGCUGAUAGAAUGAGCAAAGAGAUCACUGCCUUAGCUCCUAGUAGCAUGAAGAUUAAGGUGGUUGCUCCACCUGAGAGGAAGUAUAGUGUAUGGAUUGGGGGUUCCAUAUUGGCAUCCCUCAGCACUUUCCAACAAAUGUGGAUUGCCAAAGCUGAAUACGACGAGUCUGGCCCUUCAAUUGUGCACCGAAAAUGUUUUUAA